AAACAGCCCAGUCGAAUCGCCCCGGUCCGCAAGAGCGGUCGCAUCCCAAAGCCCAGAAGGCCCGAACCCCAGCGAGACAAGCCCAGAGUCGGUCGCUGAACCGCUAGACGUGCCCGCGCCAGCCUCGGAGAAGAACAGUGGCCACGACGGCGGCGGCGGCGGCGGCGACGCCACUGAUGGAGUCCCUGGAGGCCCUCGUGGCGCACAUCCAGGGGCUCUCCGGCAGCCCCGAGGAGCUGGCGCACCUCCACAGCCUCCUCAAGCAGGCGGACGGCGAACCCCUGCGCGCCCACGCCGCCGCGCUGGUCCCUUUCCUCGCGCACCUCAGUCCAGAGACCCACUCACUCGGCUACAUCUACCUCCUGGAUGCGUGCGCGGCAUCCGCUUCCAAUCUGAGCGACUUCGGCGGCGGGGACUUCCUGGUCACCAUCGCCGGCUUCCUCACCGCGUGCUCGGCGGACCAGAUACGCCUGGCUCCUGACAAAUUCCUGCAUGUGUGUAAGGUGCUCAAGGAUCAGGUUAUGCAGCUCAACAUGCCCAUCAGAGGGAUCGCCCCGUUGCGGGCGGCGGUCCGUAAGAUCCAGUCCUCGCCCGAGCAGCUGACCCCGGUCCACGCGGACUACCUUCUCCUGUGCUUGCUGGCAAAGCAAUACAAGGCUGGACUCAGCGUCCUGGAAGAUGACAUAUUCGAAGUGGAUCAGCCAAAGGACCUGUUCCUCUACUGCUACUACGGAGGGAUGAUUUACAUUGGGCUCAAGAAGUUUCCUAAAGCUUUGGAGCUUCUUCACAAUGCUGUUACCGCCCCAAUGUCAACAUUGAACGCGAUUGCUGUAGAAGCUUACAAGAAGUAUAUCCUAGUUUCACUCAUUGUGAAUGGACAGGUCCCAUCAUUUCCUAAGUAUACAUCCAUAUCAGCCCAAAGGAGUAUGAAAAACCAUGCUCAGAUUUAUUUUGAGCUUUCUACAAGCUAUAGCAACGGUCGCUACACUGAUUUAGAGACAUUUGUCGAAUCAAAUUCAGCAGCAUUUCAAUCUGACAACAACCUAGGGUUGGUGAAGCAAGUGCUCUCAUCGAUGUACAAACGGAACAUCCAAAGGCUGACCCAGACUUACUUAACUCUUUCACUUGAAGAUAUUGCUAGGUCUGUUCAACUUGAAACACCAGAGGAUGCUGAAAUGCAUGUACUUCGCAUGAUCGAAGAUGGAGAGAUCCAUGCAACCAUAAACCAGAAGGAUGGAAUGGUCAGCUUUCAUGAAGAUCCUGAGCAAUAUAAAAGUGUUGAGAUGGUGGAGCAUAUUGACUCGUCUAUCCAGAGGUUAACGGCAUUGUCCAAGAAGUUGGCUUCAAUUGAUGAGAACAUGUCAUGCGACCCUUCAUAUUUGUUGAAGACGGGAAGGGAUCGUGGAAGAUUUGACUACGAUGACUUCGACUCUGUUCCACACAAGUAUUUUUGAGAUGAUCCGAGCCCUACGUGAUUCUGAAGUACGAUCAUCAACGUAGCAGCCAUUUUGUAAAGUUGUCUUUAGUUCGAUCGAUUAAUGGCUUUUGAAAAUUUUGAAAAAUCUUGUUUAAAGAAUGGGUCUGCUAGCAUAUUUCUCCUCCAAUUUGGAGACAAGAUUUCAUUUGUAGAUCAUUUUGUUCGGUAGAGUUUGAGCGGCAUGCAUUGCAAACUACUACCUCUACUAUCUCUGUUCUCGAAAGGCUUGCGUACAAAGUUCAGCAUUUGUACCAACUGAAGCGAUCAUGGUUUAGUGAGUGUUCGGUUCGCUC